CAGAAUCGAUCUAUCAUGGAAAAUGUUUCCAGCAUUUUAGUGUUCACACUCUCUGGAUUAGAUGGAACAGCUGAAAACAAAUAUGUGCUUUUUUCUUUGACAGCACUGUGCUAUAACUUUGUCUUAUUAUGUAACAUCACUGUCAUUUUUUCCAUCGCCUCAGAUAAAUGCCUUCAUGAGCCAAUGUACAUAUUUUUAUGUAAUUUGUGUAUAAAUGCACUUUAUGGCACUGCUGGUUUCUACCCUAAAUUCAUGUAUGACUUACUGUCUCAGCUUCAUGUGAUAUCAUAUGCAGGCUGUUUGAUUCAGAUAUUUGUCAUCUAUUCAUCUGCUUUGUGUGACUAUUCAACUUUAACAGUAAUGGCAUAUGACAGGUAUGUGGCAAUAUGUCGACCACUAGAGUACCACUCAGAAAUGACAAAUCAUAAAAUUGUAAAAUUUAUCAUUUUUUCUUGGCUUGCACCUUUAUUUUGCAUAGCUGUUUUAGUCUUAUUGACAUCAAGAUUAGCAUUGUGUGGCUCAAAUAUUGAAAAGAUAUAUUGUGAAAACUGGGCAGUUGUUAAACUGGCCUGCAGCUCCACAACAGUGAAUAAUGUGGUUGGAUACAUAAUUAUAUUUUUAUAUUUUGGACAUGCAGUAUUGAUUAUUUGCUCAUACAUACAGUUGAUUGAAACAUGUAGAAAGUCUAAAGAGGGCAGAUAUAAAUUCAUGCAGACUUGCACGCCACACAUACUUACACUGUUGAAUGUUACAAGUGCUUUGUUGUUUGAUGUACUUUAUAGUCGCUAUGGUUCAAAUUCUUUUCCUCAAGGUUUGAGAAAUUUCUUGGCCCUGGACUUCCUCCUGAUACCUCCUAUUUUAAACCCUCUUAUUUAUGGUUUAACACUGACCAAAAUACGGAAGCAAGUCAUGAAACUGUUCUUCAGCAACAUCAUAGGUGUUGCCUAA